AGCUGUCACCGCCUGGGUCAGUUGGCAACAGACCUUCGAAGCGGUCGGUGGGUGGUGAGAGCUUUUGCUCGUGACUGCCUUACGUCGUUUUUCUUUCUCUCUCUUUCACUCUCUCUCUCUCUCUCUCCCUUUCUUUCUGUCUCUCUCUCUCUCCCUCUCUGUCUGUUUCUCCAUCUCCGUUUCUCCCCGUACACGGUACCCCCUCUCCUAAUAUCUCUUAUUCACUCUGUCGCUCGCUCACCCUUUCCAAGGUAUAUAUCAUCGGUUCAACUCCAUUUCCGUCGUGGGUCGAGAGAGCGAAGAGAAGGAAGAAGACGAUCGAACGGGAGUCUCUUUCGAAGGAGGAGGAGGAAGAAGAGGAGGAGGAGGACACGGCUGAUCACGAGAGACAUUUCUGACAAACAACGAAAGACGAAUUCGCGUGCGCGUCGAUAGUCUCGAGAACGGCCAUGGGGCCCGACAGGAUCAUUUGACCCGUGGGGACGACUCCAGGCUCGGUGGAUUGUGCUACUGCCUCGCGCUAUACUUCGAUUCGGUGCCUGAAAUGCGAACGAAGCUAGUCACGGGAUACCACUUUUACUGGGAGUUUGUGAAAUAGGAGCACAAGCAUACAUAACUAAGAAUGCACUGCCUAGGUGCGGUGACAGGAAGCACUCCCAGCCCAAAUGGGGCUGGUAGUCGAGGCGGUAUUCUUAGUAUGUUCCGAGCUCUUGGAGUCCUUGUGUGCGAAGGGAGAAUCCAGGGUCCUCCGCGUGGCUACAAAGAGGGCCCCCAUUGUGCGCCGCCCAUGCAACCUUUCCCAAACAACCACGUCUGCGAAGAGGACAAUUAUUUGUGCGACCGGUAUCUUGUCCUAGUUCGAGAACUCGCCGAUCGAACCGCGAUCGGAUCGUUCCUAUGCGUCGAAGUACUACUCUGCAGCAAUUGUCAGUGCGGCUUGGCAAAAGCUACCAGCAAGCACCCGAUUUGUCCUGUACCGUCCUUAUCCAUCUCACCAUGGCAACAAACUUCGGAACUUCUACUGGAGUAUUGGUCGAUCUGCGUUGUACCAAGCAAGAGCCCAGAAACGAUGAAUUUCCAAGGACUUUAUCAGGCAGUCCGUUCUAGAUUACACUUUAGCCAAGUUGCCGCCUGGUGGUCCAGAAGCAACGGGAUAGAACCGAAUUACGUUGCAACAAGAGUCGUGCCGUACAACGAGGAUAAUCUCAGGAAAUUUCGGGACUCGCCGGUCGAACAUACCUUUCCUCUCGCCGGUAACGGCGACGGAAGUUCCAUCAAGGUCACCGUCUGGGCAUUGCCACGGAUGGAAGAGGUGCCGAUACUUAGCUGCCCGUUACAUCCGACGAAAGAGAAAGACGAGGAGGGUGUCGCUAGGGCUCUGACUCCAACCAAAACGAUUCCCGUGGUAUCGACGAACUCUUCGCAAAACUCCGACAGCCUGGUUAUGCCGGUACUGCUGGACGAUAGACUGCAUACACCAUGCAACAAGCCAGGCAAACAUCAUUGUCGUUGCGAGGAAGAAGAUGCUUCUCCGCCUUCUCCAUCGAUCGCCAGGCCUAUCGGCGAGAGAAAACGUCGUAGAUCCCUUCCUUGUGGUCCACCGGAUGUCAGUCCCAGCGUUACGUUUCAGGCUAUGCCACUGCCGGCCGUUAGGGAGUCAAGCGUACGAGAGCAAAGGGAUAACGAUCGUUCGAUAACAAGCUCGAGCUCGAGUUAUCCUAGGUCGUCCUCGGAGAUGCUGAAUAAUCGCGGAGCCACGGCUAUAAAGUUUUCAAAUGGGCAUCAUCAGAAUCGGUUCGAGGAGAACGCGCUGAGGAGUCGUAAUAAUCUAAACUCCGAUAAUCUCGAGCGUUGCUUUAAGACACAGUUGAGUAUCGAGGAACGAGAUGGUAACGUUGAGAAGCGUUACAAGCUUACGCUGGAGAACACCGUGAACGGUGCAGAAGCGAAAUCGUGCGAGUUAGCAGAAGAGAAAACGCGACGAUCGGAGAAAGGAUGUGGUGGCGGUGGUGGAGGUGGUGGUGAAGGUGGCGGCGGAGGCGGUGGCGGUGGCAAUGUCGGUGGUGGCUUUCGUAAGAACAUCAAUUGCGCUAGCACACCAGCCGAGAGUAAAUCGAUGGAAAAGAACGGUCUCUUCGAGAACCUCAUACCAUUUAAUUCUUCCUUACCGUGGUCAUUCGUCGAGUCUUGGAACAAUAGCGGUGCCAAUGGCAAGUGCGGCUUUCAAAGUUUACGAGGACCAAAGGAAGGACGUUUUAAUGGAUCAUCGAGGAUGUAUUCCGUGCCUACACCACCUGUGAUAGAUCCCUUCAAACGAGCUACCCCUUUCCACGAAUCCAAUCCAGGACCUUCCACGUACGAGAGCUCAUAUAUCAAAGCUAAACACGAUACCUUUGAAUUACCCUGUACGGUGCAUCAAACUCGACCGAAAUCCACGAUAAACGGUUUUGGAUACACCGAUUGCAAGGAAACAUUUAGGAACGAUGAGAAUCCGAGAUGUCGCGGGAAACCUAACAAAGAUUUGAAUCAGAUGAUGUCGAAGCUGUCUUUCCCGGAAGGACAACAAUCGGAGAAGGACAAGGUAAGAGAGGAAGGUGGUAUUCUCGAUUGGUUUAGCAGAGUACCAAGUCGUGUUCUUGGAGUUUCCCCUAACAACGGUUACGUUGAAAAUGGUAAAGCCAAAGACACGAACUUGAAAUCUCAGGAUCAGCAUGGCAACGAGGUCAAGUUUAAAAACUGCAACUUGGAACUUAGCCAACGUGAAUUCGACGAAGUUUUGGCCGUGUUAAGAGCCAGGACACCCUCCGGACGUAAGAGGACUCCUUUGAAAACCAUCAAGAGACGCGAUAGAUACGAGAAAUCCAUCGAGGAUGGCUCCUUCGAAAAACCUUCGGCUAAGUUUCCCACCAACUUUGAUUCCAACGAAUAUCUUGUUGUCAAUCACGUGGAUGCACGGACUAAACCAUGCGAGGGUUGCAAUCAUAGGUAUUGCAAGAAAAACGAGCAUCGAUUAGCUGAAAAAAGCGUCGCCUUAGAUCGCGUUUAUGGGAGUAAAAAUAUUUAUAAUCCAACCCACGAGAGGCAGGACAAGCUAGGAAAUUAUUUGAACGACGAAUCGAAAAGCGAUAAAUCUUGCGUAACGGACAAACGUGUGAGUGCUAAUCCAGUCGAUUGUCUACAAAGUGUAUCGAAUAAGGCAGAUGUAUUAUUGGGGGCCAUAUUGCGAACUAGCAAGGAUCGGAAAGGUCUGUCGGAUAUUUCCAAUGGGACCAGAUCUCAUAUUGCCACGUUGAAUGCGAAAGCCGAUAACGAAAGUAAUCCUCGAUUGGAACAGUCAAAUUCGAUCGAGAAACUCGAACAUGAUUCGAGAAUCGUACCGUACGAAGACGACAAGUCGUUGCCGUUGGCAUUGAAUAAAAAAUUCAAUCGUUUUCGUCAACUCUUUAAAAAAGAACAAGAAAGGAAGGUGUGUACGGUGACGGAUGAUAAUUGUCAACAACAACAACAGCAGCAGCAACAACAACAACAACAACAACAACAGCAACAACAACAACAACAACAACAACAACAACAACAACAAUGCUUGCGAAAUUCUUCUCAACGUUUAAACAGUAUGAAUCUAAAUUUAUCUUGCAAUAACAUUCAGACUGGUAAUUCCGUUGAUAAUACAACGCGUAAUUUGAGAGAGGUCAAGGUCAAAAGAAAGAUAGAUUUUUCGAAGUUUCGAGAGGAGACAGAAAGGAUCGAGGAACGAUCGGAAUCGUCGUCUUUAGAUUCUAGUACAAAUGGCGCACAUCAAAACUCAAGGAUUCAUAGUACAAAUUACAAGGAGGAUCAUCGUAGUAACGUCUGCAACAAGGGAGCUCCCAUGAACAGGCUGUACAGUACAAAUCAAAGUAAGAAGGAUGAUUACGAAGAACACGGAGAUCAAACUAAUCGAGAUAAUAAAACACAUAAUAAUAAAGAUCCUGUUCCAUCCGCCAUUAAAAUUACGCCGGUCUCGUUGCAAAACGGUUUCUCGUCUUCCAAAAUACGAAAUAACAAUCACAAGGCCGGCUUCAGCAGUAGCAGUACCGAGGACGAUGAGACACUCGACAAAGCUGUUCCUUCGGCGAUCGAGCAGGAAAGGUUUCGAAGGUCUUUGGAGAAUGCGGCGUCUAUGGUAUUCCACAGUAGGACUGGUUUGCCCCUUACGUCGAGUCCCGCGCCAUUGAGAAGAGGUAGCUGCUGUUUCGACUACGACAGUAGCUUGAAUUCCGUUUCCUCGAAAAGAAGUGCGCUGUUUGAGUUGAAUACACCACCAAGUCCAGGUGCGGUCUCGUUGGAGGAAACCGAUCGAGAAACAGAGAAUGCAUGCGAAGGCGAAGAACCACCGAGAAGACGUUCGACCUCACGAAACAGGCCACAGAGUCAUGCCCUCUUGGGCAGCUUCGAGGAAUCAGCUUUGAACGGUAGACUCGAACCAGUAUCGACUGUUCACGGGUUCACAGCGGAACUCGGUGCGAGUGGUUCCUUCUGUCCUAAACAUCGAAAGCUUCCAGUUACUGUGUUCUUCUAUACUCUCGGAGACAAUGACAAAGUCUCUACACCGUACCUCGCUCAUAUUAAUCUAGGAAAGAAGGGUUAUCAGGUACCAAGAAGCGGUACCAUUCAAGUGACCCUACUCAAUCCACUGGGUACAGUUGUCAAGAUGUUCGUAGUUCUGUAUGAUCUUUCCGACAUGCCACCACGAUCUCAUACUUUUUUACGUCAAAGAACUUUACGGGAUAAAACCCUACGCUACCUCGUACAUCUUAGAUUCAUGUCCGGGAAAUCAGGCAGGAUUUAUCUACAUACAGACAUACGUAUGAUCAUUUGUCGCAAGUCCGAUGUAGAUACAGCGUCUGAUUUUGGAUCAGAACCACCAAAGGAACUUAGAAGUUAUAUUCAUGGUCCUACAAAUCCAAAAUUUUCACCAAGGUGCUGAGCCACGUGGCUCUUUCCAUGGGGUUGCUGCCGAUCGCUCCGCCCACCUAGUCCCCUUCAUGUCGAGGUUUGAUUCGCUAUGUAUGUGUCUGCGAGAAGAGGAAACUAAAAGAUCUUGUUUUGUUUCUGUUUUUUUUUCUUUCUUUCUUUCUUUCUUUUUUUUCUUUUUUUUUUCUUUUCUUUUUACACGCACGAGAAAGAGGGAUCACGUAUUAAAAAGAAUUUGACGUUGAUACGCUAAGGGAGAUAAUAAUAAUAAUAAUUAUAAUUAUAAUAAUAAUAAUAAUAAUUAUAAUAAUAAUAAUAAUUAUAAUUAUAAUAAUAAUAACAAUAAUCAAUUUGAAAGCUAUGAGAGAGUCGAUCGUACUUACGAUUUUUCUCUCUUAUUUAUGGUAUGUUAAAAUAUAUUUGUGACGUGGGAUGUGCUUAGUAGCAUUAGCUUGCGAUAGUUUCUUCUACAUUAAUCUUGUUUUUUUCUUUUUUUUUCUUUUUUUUUUUUUUUUGGAGAAGGGGAGGGGGUUACAAAGGUGGUAUGUGUUUUACUUGUUAAGUUAACAUCUGUUACAUAGAAGAUUAAACGAUUCAUUGUGUUUUUGUUUCCGUUUUAUUCUUCGUGAUAUUUGAGUGAAUUGGAAAAAGUCAUAAUUCGUUUAGAUCGCAACCAAUCGUUAGAUUUGCGAGCCUUUGCGAAUUUUUUUCGUUCGAAAAUACGUAUUUCUAUCAACGUUAUUAGUUUCAUCCCUAUUCUUUGAUCGUUGAGUUUGUAACAAUUGUGAGGAAUUUAAAAAAGGAAAAAAGAAAAAACAAAAAAAAAAGGAAAAAGAAAAAAGAAUUACCUUCGUUUACUUCCUUCAAAUCGGAAUUUGUCGCAAGCUAUA